AUCAAGGAGGGACCCAAACACCACCAUGUUGUAGAAUAUGCAUACUCUACAAAGGUUGCAGAGGGACGGGCGUCGAGAGAUUAUAUAUACAUGCACCGAUUGCACCCAAGCGCUAUAGCUAGUGAGGGUGAAACAUUAAGAGUAGAGAGAGGGUGUGAGUGUUUUGAUAUGGAUGGGAUGAAGUUAGAAUACAAAGGAGAGGAUGCAUUGAAGGAACUUGAGAACUUGACUGAGAAGGCUGAUGAAGUUCAGCAGAGAAUUCUCAAGGAGAUCUUAACAAGAAAUGGGGCGACUGAGUACUUGAAUAAGUACUUAGGCGGAUCGACGGAUAGAUCGGCUUUCAAGUGCAGGGUCCCAGUGAUCACUUAUGCCGGAGUACGACCGUACAUACAGCGGAUCGCCAAUGGUGAGGAUUCUUCGCUAAUAUCGGGCCAUCCCAUUACGGAGAUGAUAAUCAGCUCCGGCACCUCCGGCGGUAACCCCAAGCUGAUGCCAUCCAUCGCCGAGGAUCUCGACCGUCGAACUUUCCUUUACAACCUCAUCAUGCCCAUCAUGAACCAGUACAUCCAAGGCCUUGACAAGGGAAAGGCCAUGUACCUCUACUUCGCCAAGACAGAGAUGGCUACACCAUGUGGCCUACCAGCCCGUCCGGUCCUAACCAGCUACUACAAGAGCAAGCACUUCAAAUGCCGGCCACAGGACCCAUUCAAUGACUACACGAGCCCUGAUCAAGCGAUCCUGUGUAUGGACAGCGGCCAGAGCAUGUACUGCCAGCUCCUAUCAGGCCUAAUCCACCGGCGGGACGUCCUCCGUCUAGGGGCCGUCUUCGCAUCCGCCUUCCUCCGCGCCAUUACCUUCCUAGAGCGGAACUGGACCCGAAUGUGUCACGAUAUCCGAACGGGUCAGCUCGAUCAAGACAUAACGGAUCCCAACUGUAGGGAUGCCAUGUGUAAUAUCCUAAGAUCUCCUGACCCACAACUCGCAGAUGAAAUCAAGGCCGUCUGUGGCCGUAGCUCUUGGAUGGGAAUACUGGGACAGCUGUGGCCUGGUGCUAAGUACAUAGAGGUGGUUGUGACUGGAUCGAUGGCUCAAUACAUACCAGCAUUGGAGUUUUAUAGUGCUGGAAAGCUGCCGCUGGUGUGCGCAAUGUACGCAUCUUCAGAGUCCUAUUUCGGGGUGAAUUUGAAGCCAUUGUGCUCACCGAGUGAGGUUGCGUACACACUUCUUCCGAAUAUGGCUUACUUUGAAUUUAUACCGUUGGAUAGUGGGCCACAGUCAGGUGGUGAUGAUGAAGGGGAGGUGGUGAAGGACAUGCUGGUGGACUUGGUGGAUGUUAAGCUGGGCUGCUAUUAUGAGCUCGUCGUCACUACAUUUGCUGGCUUGUAUAGGUUCCGCAUUGGCGAUGUGCUUCAAGUCAUCGGAUUCCACAAUCGGGCUCCACAGUUUCGAUUCAUUUGCCGGAGGAAUGUCAUCCUCAGCAUAGACAUUGACAAAACCAACGAAGAAGAUCUUCACAAGAGUGUGACCACUGCAAAGAAGCUCUUAGAACCAUACGAUGCACUGCUAGUGGAGUACACCAGCUAUGCCGACACAUCAUCCGUACCAGGCCACUACGUAUUGUAUUGGGAAAUUGCAUACACAUCUUGCAUGGCGGGCCCCCUUGAGGCCCACCUUCUCCAAGAGUGUUGUGUGGCCAUAGAGGAAUCGCUUGACUAUGUGUAUCGACGAUGCCGAACGUAUGACAAGUCGGUGGGCCCAUUAGAGAUACGCGUGGUCGAGCCGGGCACAUUCGAGGCCUUGAUGGACCUUUGCAUUAGCCAAGGAGGGUCCAUUAAUCAGUAUAAGACGCCGAGGUGCAUCAAAUCCGGUAGUGCACUUGAACUACUUAAUUCCAACGUUAUCGCCGGCUUUUUUAGUCCAAGGUAUCCCACAUGGAAUCCUUAAAUCUAUUAAUUGUAUUUAGAUGACCUAUGAUUCUCAUUGACAGAAGGGAUUAGCCCUGUUUGGCUUGUUUUUUGUUUACGAUUGGAAUGAAUGGCAUUUCUAAUGCCUUGUUUGAAUGUACAAGUUAAUUGAAUUGUGAACAUUUAGUUUAAUUAAA